GCGUCGGUUGUGCAUUUAACAUUAAUAAACAAAUACAUUUUCUUUAAAGUUAUGGCAACCACUUCAAGUCUUCAUUAUACAUUUAACCGCAUGCAGUUUCCGUGACUUAUUCACAAUAUGUAAUGACUCGUUACAUUUGAGUACAUGCAGUAACUAACUAGCGACUUUAUUAUGUCGUAUGGAGGAUAUAAACAACUGCCCAGUGGCAGCAUCGACCAUGAGCAACGUCAACAACAGGUGGCAUCCAGUACCUACGAUGUAUUACAGCGCACAGGCGAAAGUAUACAAAGAUCUAAUCAAAUUGCGAUUGAAACAGAAAACAUAGGGGCAGGGGUGCUUGGUGAGCUGAGCGAACAACGCGAAUCUCUGCUGCGCACCACACGCCGUCUGGAGGAAGCGGAUUCGGAGCUGUCCAGGUCGCGAUUGAUCAUACGCAAGCUAAGCCGUGAAGUAGUUUACAACAAGAUUGUGCUGAUAAUCAUUAUUAUACUGGAAUUGGGCAUACUCGUUGGUCUACUGGUCUUAAAGCUGGCCCAUCUGUAAAGAUUUUAAGUAAUUCCAAAGUUAAGCUGUAUCCGAAGUGGAUAUGGGACAUUUAUUUAAUAACAUUUAUAUGUGAAUGUAUAACCCAUAGCUUAGUCAUCUAGAG